GGGCCUGCAGAGAUGCAUCUCUUUUUCUCUAAAAGUAGAACUGUGACAGCUGUCCUCAGACAUACACUCAGAGAAAGCAGUUACAAUGGAAGAAGCUAUUUUAUUAAACGUGGAAGGCGUGAAGAAGAAAAUUCAGCAUGGAGGAACUGGCGAGCUACCAAACUUUAUCACAGGAGCAAAGGUGACUUUCCAUUUUCUUACUUUGAAAUGUGAUGAUGAUCGUACUGUCAUUGAUGACAGCAAGAAAGUUGGUGUCCCGAUGGAAAUUAUUGUUGGCAACAUGUUUAAACUGGAAGUUUGGGAGAUACUGCUCACGUCUAUGAGGAUUGGAGAAGUGGCUGAAUUCUGGUGUGAUGUCAUACACACCGGGCUAUACCCGCUUGUUUCCAAAAGCCUGCGGCGGAUCGCAGAAGGAAAGGACCCAACAGACUGGCACAUGCACACCUGUGGAUUGGCAAACAUGUUUGCGUAUCACUCCCUAGGCUAUGAGGACUUAGAUGAACUUCAAAAGGAUCCCCAGCCUCUUAUAUUUGUGAUAGAACUACUAAAGGUGGAAUCUCCUAGUAUGUACAAGCGAGAGACAUGGGCUCUUAGUAAGGAGGAGAAGCUGAAAGCAGUCCCUGUGCUACACGGAGAAGGCAACAGGCUUUUCAAACUAGGCCGCUAUGAAGAAGCAACCAACAAAUACAGAGAAGCUGUCAUAUGUCUGAAAAACAUCCAGACAAAGGAGAAACCCUGGGAAGUCCCUUGGAUGAAACUGGAAAAGAUGAUCAACACUUUGAUACUGAAUUAUUGUCAGUGUCUUCUAAAAAUGGAAGAGUACUACGAAGUUCUGGAGCAAACAACAGAUCUAAUUCAGCACCACCCAGGUCUGGCAAAGGCAUAUUACAUUCGAGGCAAAGCUAACGCAGAAGUCUGGAAUGAGGCUGAAGCGAAGGCAGAUUUUGACAAAGUCAAGGAAAUGGAUCCAACUAUGAGUCGUGUACUAAAAAAAGAAAUACAGUUGCUGGAGAAUAGAAUGCAAGAAAAGAGUGAGGAAGACAAGAUAAAGUACAAAAAUCUCUUCUCAUAG